UCCAUAUGCUCAGUCUGGAGACAUUUAGUGUGUGUUAAGAAGAAAAGAGAAUACUGCAUAGCAUGGACACUGAAGGAUUCCCUCCACCACCACCUCCAGAAGUUUUAGACAAUGAAUUAAAAACAUGUGCUGAUGAUGAUGAAGAGGAGGAGGAAGGAGAACUAUUUGACUUUGACAGUGGAGAUGAUAUCCCAGAAGCAGAUCGACAAACCAUUUUGCCACCAAAUUCUGAAUCCAAAAAUAGUGCGGAACAGGAAGGAAUGGAUUCUAUAGGGAAUGAGAAUUUAGAAAAUGUAGAAGGAGCUGAGAAGAUGGCAAGAACUGAAGCCAAUGCAGAGGAGGUUUUACCAAGAGUUAACCCAUAUUCAGUCAUAACCAUUUCACCAAUGCAAGAAAAAGAGCCGUCAUUAUCGCCAGAGCCAAGUCCACAAGAUGGAAGUAUAAGCCCUACUGUCUCAAGCGGAUAUUCUGUUCCUGUGCCCUGUGGCUAUGCUGUGCCAUCUAAUUUACCAUUAAUGUUGCCAGCGUACUCCAGCCCUGUUAUAAUACGCAGUGUAUCUGUGGAUGAAGAAGCAAACAUUCACAUAGUAGCUGAAGACGGCCGUUCAAAUUCUCAGAGUUCAGAAGAUCCUCAGAACAGUGAAGAUAAUCAGGGGCAUACUGAUGAUAAUGUUUUGACUAAAUGGGUUGCUGAUCCUGCAAAUACAGAAUGGAUGGAGAAUCCAAAUGAGGUCAUAUAUGAUGAUGUACCAAGAGAAAAUUCAGACUCUGAACCAGAGGAGAUGAUUUAUGAUGAUGUUGAGAAUGGAGAUGAAGGUGGAAAUAGCUCCCUAGAAUAUGGGUGGAGUUCAAGUGAGUUUGAAAGCUACGAAGAACAAAGUGACUCAGAAUGUAAAAAUGGAAUGCCCAGUUCUUUCCUGCGUGGCAACCACAGAAGACAACUUUCUCAUGACCUAACCCGUUUAAAGGAGCACUAUGAGAAAAAGAUGAAAGAUUUGAUGGCAAACACGGUGGGAGCAGUAGAGAUUCAGCAACUAAAGCAAAAACAUGAGCUGAAGAUGCAAAAACUCAUGAGGGCAGCUAGGGAAGGCACCAAAGAUGGGCUUGAGAAGACUAAAGCUGCUGUGAAGAAAGGUCGGUCCUUCAUUAGAACCAAGUCAUUUAUUAAUCAAGAUCAUAGAUCAACCUGUCUGGAAGAAGAGGAGCUCUUUAUUGAUGUUGACUGUAUGAACACAGAGGCAAUCAUGACUCCUAUGCCAGAUGGAUUAUCACAACAACAGGUGGUGAGAAGAUAUAUUUUAGGUGCUGUGGUUGACAGUGAGAAAAACUAUGUGGAUGCUCUUAAAAGGAUCUUAGAGCAAUAUGAGAAGCCUCUUUCAGAAAUGGAACCCAAAUUAUUAAGUGAGAGAAAACUAAAGAUGGUCUUCUAUCGGAUUAAGGAAAUUCUUCAGUGCCAUUCAUUGUUUCAAAUAGCAUUGGCCAGUCGUGUUUCAGAGUGGGAUUCUGUUGAAAUGAUUGGAGAUGUCUUUGUUGCAUCGUUUUCGAAAUCUAUGGUGCUUGAUGCUUACAGUGAAUAUGUAAACAAUUUUAGCACCGCUGUGGGAAUUCUCAAGAAAUCAUGUGCCACAAAGCCUGCCUUCCUUGAGUUUUUAAAGCAAUGCCAAGAAUCUAGUCCUGAUAGAAUUACUCUCUAUGGCUUAAUGAUGAAACCCAUACAACGCUUUCCUCAGUUCAUUCUGCUGCUACAGGAUAUGUUGAAGAACACUACUAAAGGCCACCCUGACAGGCUGCCUCUACAGAUGGCUCUCACAGAGCUUGAAACAUUGGCAGAAAAAUUAAAUGAAAGGAAAAGGGAUGCAGAUCAACGCUGUGAAAUAAAGCAAAUAGCAAAAGCCAUGAAUGAGCGUUACCUAAACAAGCUACUCAGCAGUGGGAACAGAUACCUCAUAAGAAGUGAUGAUAUGCUAGAAACUGUUUAUAAUGACAAAGGAGAAAUAAUCAAAACCAAAGAACGGCGAGUGUUUAUGUUGAAUGAUGUCCUAAUGUGUGCUACUGUGAAUCUCCGUUCUUCUCAUGAAAGUAGUGGCAUUGUGCAAAGCCAAAGGUACUUGCUAAAAUGGAGUGUGCCUCUUGGACAUGUAGAUGUCAUAGAAUAUGGAAGCAGUGAAAGUCAAGAUGAGAACUGCAGAUUCUCUUCACAACAUUCCUCUGAGAAUAUUAUUGUUAAUUCUAAGCCAAACAAGCUUUAUAUGGGACCAGGACAACUUUACCAUGAUUUGCAGAAUCUCUUGCAUGAUUUGAAUGUAGUUGGCCAAAUCAGUCAACUGAUAAGCACUCUUAAAGGAAACUACCAGAAUUUAAAUCAAUCAGUGGCACAUGAUUGGACCUCAGGUUUACAAAAACUUAUCUUGAGAAAAGAAGAUGAAAUCAGAGCUGCAGACCGCUGUAGAAUUCAACUUCAGCUUCCAGGAAAGCAAGACAAAUCAGGCCGACCUACUUUCUUUACAGCAGUUUUCAAUACGUUUACCCCUGCCAUCAAACAGUCUUGGAUCAAAAAUUUACAGAUGGCUAAGCUUGCUCUGGCUGAGGAGAAUCUACUGGGUUGGUUCUGUAUAGAUGACGAUGGGAAUCAGAUAAAAAAGGAGAAACAUCCUCUCCUUGUUAAACAUAUGCCUGUGAUGAUGGCCAAGCAGCAGGAAUUUAAGGUUGAAUGUGCAGCAUAUAAUCCUGAACCAUACUCCUGUGAAGAAAGUGAUCCAGAUUCCCUUUCUAUAGAGCAUGGUUUUCUGUGGAUUGGCAGUUGUACUAAUCAAAUGGGCCAAAUUGCCAUUGUUUCAUUUCAAAACUCGAGUCCAAAAGUUAUUGAAUGCUUCAAUGUGGAGUCAAGAAUCCUCUGCAUGGUCUACAUCCCAGAAGAGGAGAAACAGAAAGAGCCCAGUGUGCCUCCUGAGACUGAAGAUACAUCUACAAAACACUCCAGUGUGCCCACCAUUUGUUUGGGCAUGGAAGAAGGAAGCAUCUCUGUUUACAAAAGUAGCCAAGGCUCAAAGAAAAUCAGACUUCAACACUUCUUCACUCCAGACAAGUCUACUGUCAUGAGCCUCGUGUACAAAACUCACCACUUGUUUGCUGGCCUUGUCAAUGGGAACAUUGCCAUCUACACAAAGUUGGAAGAUGGAUCCUGGAACUCAGAACCUCAGAAAGUAGUGAAGUUGGGUGUUCUUCCAGUAAGAAGUCUCCUUGUCAUGGAAGAAACCAUUUGGGCUGCUUCUGGUGGACAAAUUUUUAUAAUUAGCACUGAGACUCAUGUUGUAGAGUGCCAUUUUGAAGCUCAUCAAGAGGAAGGGAUGGUGAUUUCGCAUAUGGCUGUUGCAGGAGUUGGGAUCUGGAUUGCAUUCACAUCAGGAUCUACGCUUCGCCUUUUCCACACCGAAACCCUUAAGCAUCUUCAAGAUGUUAAUGUUGCUCCUCUUGUCCACAACAUGUCAGGACAGCAGCGUGUGUCUGUAACCAGCCUCCUGGUAUGCCAUGGCUUAUUGCUGGUUGGAACAAAUCUGGGGAUUAUAGUAGCUCUGCCAGUUCCUCGUUUGCAAGGAAUUCCAAAAGUAACUGGAAGAGGAAUGGUCUCUUACCAUGCACAUAAUGGCCCUGUUAAGUUCCUUGUCAUGGCCUCUGUGACAAGCAAGCGAAGCAAAAACAAACCAAGGCAUCCACAUUCAGGACUGAAAGAUGAUGAUGAAAAGAGCGUUGUUCCCAGUGAGAGGCCGAGCUCUACUCAAAGCAACCCAAGUGACAGUGCUGUUUGGCUAGGAGGUUCUGUAGGAUCCAUUGCUCAAAAAAGUGACUUGUCUUCAUCUUCUGGGUCUCUAACAUUGUCUCAUGGAUCCAACACAACUGAACAUAGGCCUGAGGAGAGUGCUGUCUAUGAGCUUUUGAAAGAAGUCUCUCUUAGCCAGGGUAAAAAACGUCGAUCCAAAGAAGGGAAAGCUAUUUCUGUCUUAGUCAUCUCUGGAGGACAAGGACACAGAAGAGUGAACAAGAAGUCAAAGCAGCAGCGUCCCGAUGAACUGGUUUCAUCUGUGAUGGUUUGGCAGAUUCCACUGUUAAAGAUCUAAAACCAUGAAACCCUGUGACUCUCCAAAAGACAUCUGUUUUAGUUUUAGAAGGCUAAAUCCAUUAGAGUGAACUUUCUUCAAAAGAGAAUUCUGAUGCCGCCAUCUCAAUAUAAGUUCUGAGUUAAGUGUUGAUUGUGAAGCUCUACUUAUAAGACUAGAUUUUGCUGAACUCUGUGGGUUUGUUUGGUUAAGGCACCUACAGAUACCCUAAGAAAUCUAAUUCAGAACUGUAUUUGAAGAUGUUUAAUUCUAAACAGAAGCACUGUAAUGGAAGGAGGGGGUUAUUUCCAGUGGUUGGUUGGGGUUUGGUGGAUUGGUUUUGUUUUGUUUGUUUGUUUGUUUGUUUGUUUGUUUUUACCAUUUUGCCUUUAUUUAAUUUUCAGUUUAUGGCUUGCAGAACACAAAAUGAAGCAAGGAUCAAACAGCAUUCCAAUGAUGUCUCUUAAAUAAUGCCUACUUACAAUGCAAUAUAAUUCACAUGCUGUUCAUUUUACCAAAUAUUUUUGAGCAAUAAUUAUUUGUGUGUAGUCUGCUAGAUUAACUCCAAGGUGUAUAGAUACAUUUGUAAUAUAUUGCCUCAAGGGAGGGUUAGAAAACAAAAAAAUAUACUGCUUUAUAUACUGCUUCAUAUACUGCUUUAGGUUUAUACCCUUUAAAGUGAACAGUUAAUACUAAUUGUAAUAUUUAGUAUUUAAAAAUCAAUGUUAACAGAAAAUAAAUGUUUAAGAUGUGAAACAUGAAACAAAUGUUUUACACCUUUUACUUAUUAAGAGACCUUGUGGAAUGGGUAAGUUAACAAUUUGGUCAUUCCCAACAGCUGGGGAAAUACCUACACUGAAUGCUCAGUUUAGUAACUACAGAUAGUAGUUCAUGUUCUGGUGCUCAUUUGAGUGUAGUACAUUUUGUUGCUGGCAAUGGAAUGUACCCCAUUUAUGGACAGAGCAUACAGUAUAUGUUCUGAAUAACAUUGGGUUGGGGGUGGGAAAAUCAUACAGAAAGAAAUGCAAAAUGAACAGAUAUUUAAUAGAAAGAAACUGUAACCUCUCCAUAAAAAUACAACACUAUUCAAAACAUCAAUACCUGCUGACAGUUCACCAUAUUAAGGCAGGCUUUGAUUGGGAAUCAACUGAUAUGCACUUUUGCUAUCAGUACAGGCAAAACACACUGCCUAAUAUACAGUAUAUGGAAAGAAGUAUGCUAUGAUGUACAUUUCCAGGUGGAUUUCAGUGAUGAGAAUGUGAUGUGUCACAUUUGUAAUGAGUUGUAUUUAUACUAUACACUCCAUUUCAAAACCCUCUGCGCAUACCUAGGAUUUAGUUGAAGGUAAUAAAGCAGUUUCCAAUUUGCUGUUACUGACAGGAGAAAUUGUAACAGCUUGCAGCCUAUAACUACAGGCAGCGUGGGACUUUGCAACCUAUAGGGCUCUUGGAGCCUAGGUGAGAAUGAGACAAGUGCUCAGCUGUAUUCAUACCACUCCUUAGCUGGCCACUUUACUGGGUAGAUAUGAGUUGGUAAAAACCACAACAUUGUUUUGAUCCAUUUCACUGUAUGAGGGAGAAUGUCUGAGGGUUUAAAUUUUCAGAAGCUGCAAGUAAAUUGCUAAACCAAUUAUAAUAGUAGAUUCACAAGCAGUAGCUGGAUCAUAUAAGUGAUGUUGGACCACUCAGAGAUCUAGUUUAAUUCUUUUAUGCAUUGUUGUAAGGGGAAUCCCAGUGGGAAGCUUUAAAAUGGAAGGAUGUAUUAUGGCCAGUUACUGUUAAGUGUACCUCUAAAACUGAGUCUAGAUUUGGUCAAAAGUUAAGUAGAUCCAGAGAAACCAAUGGCACAUUAUUUAAAUGAUAUCAAGGAUGAGCUAGUCUGGAUUCAACCCUAUAGUUAUGUAGGUUAAGAGUGUCAUGUAGCAGGUCAGGGCACAUAAUCAGUUUGACAAGAGAAAAAUUAGAGUUGAUUUUACUGGAGAUAAAGUAGAAGGUCUGUUACAUGAUCACUAAAUGAUUUGUAAAAGGUUGACAAGUAUUUCUAGCUCCAGUUUAUUUUUUUUAUUUUUUUUUUACAUUAGCAGCAUCAGAAAAAGCUUCAAAUCCCGCCCCCUUUCUUUUUUUAAAAAUUAAAUCCUGUCCCUUUUCUGAAUCAGCCUCUGUAAAUGUGGAUCUGAAGUAAGUAACACCCAACUGAGUCUUGGGUCCAAUAGUCAAUAAAAAGAAUAUUGGGCUUCUAUGAAAGCUAAGAAUAAAUAGGUUACCUCAUGUCUCAACUUGACCAGCCAGUUCUCAAUGAUAUCCAACUAAUUCCAAAUCUAGUCAGAAUAAUUCUUUACAUUUGACUGCUGCUUUUGCCUUGCUGUAAACGGUUUUCAUAUGAAUUAGGUGAACACAUUAUUUCAGGGAAAGGGAACAUGUGGCUCUGUAGAUGUUGUUGGACUGCAACUGCCAGGAUAGGAAGCUGGUUAUGCUAUCUUAUCAUUGGCUAUGCUGGCUAGAGCUGAUGGGAGCUGAAGUGCAAUAACAGUUGGAGGGCCACACAUUCCUCAGCAUUGUACAGAAUGUGGACAAGGCCACUCAUCCCUAAAACCAAUCAAUUAAAUAUGCAUGCUUGCGUACUAUUUGAAAAACCAAUGGACUGACAUAAAUAAUAAGUGGAUUCACUUGCAUUUGUCAUUUAUUGUAACAUUUGGCAUGUAGAUGCCAUAGUUGCAUACCUCAAAGCUUUAUGUAGCUCGUUAUAUUUCCUGCUCUGAGUAGCUUCAUUAUCAUUCACCAGGUGGAUCCAGAAAAACAAAACUAACUGUCUGAUUUUGGAGGUUUUGGAGUUGUCUAUCCUAAACAGAGUCCUCUGCCAGCAAUAUUUUCCCCAUAGGGAAUAGCGUUAGAAAUGGAAGAAACUUUUAGAACUGGUUUAUAAUAUGCCAUUGCCUCUCUUUGGAUCCCACCCAUUAAGUUCUGCUGAUAGAGAUUCUGUGUAUGCGCUGCUAGAUGUUAUAGCAAAGAAGAGCUUUAAAGUAUCUUAUAAAACUGUAUGUAGGUAUAGAUUAAAAUACUAACAAAUUACUAAGUGCAAGAUACAAUAUUUGCUUUGUAAAAUACUGCAAAAUGGUACUAUAUUGCAAAUAAUGUUUGAUGGAAGCCAAUAAUAAUGUACUUUUAGAGUCUACAAACAGAGGUAUAUAUAUAUAUAUAUAUCUGUUGCUAGGAGGAACAGAUUUUGUGUGUGUCUGACUCCACUUGAAAAAAUGAAGAGAGAGAAAAAUAGGAAGAAGGGGAAGUUGUGCAACCACUACAUUGCAUUCAGUAUUUUCUAACAUCUAACAGUGUAUGCAUUAUACUCUGAGCCAUAAAAAUGUAUGUGUAUGUCCCACAACAAACUCAGCAAAACAUUUAUUAAAUAAAACUGUGAAUAAACAAGUCCUCAAAACAUGUUAAUUUUUUCAUCAUUUUAUUAGUUGUAAGCCUACAAAAGGACUCUUCAUAUGUUGUAGUGUUCUGGCUGUAAAUGUCCUCAAAAGGACUCUCCAUAAAUGGAGCUGAACAGGAAUUCCAGUAUAUUAAUAUUAAUA